UACAUACAUCUCGAUACUCAUUUUCAGACAUUUGAGAUUAGGAAUAAUACGAAUUAAUUAUUUCCUAGAGAUAUCGUUUAAAACUAGUUUCGAAAAUGAAAUUGUCGCAUGCUCAGUCACCGACAACCAAUGGAAAAUUGACGUAAAAUACAUCUACCUUCAGUUAUGCUUACUGGCUCAAGUGAAACGUGCGAUAUCAAACAAUAUGGAAAAUAUGGAAAUAGAGCCAAGCCGGUCCACUGACCAACAGGAGAACCAAUUCAAGACUUACAAAUAUAGGUUUCUCAUUGUGAUUAUUUAUGGCUUAUACUCAGGUGCUAAUCUAUAUCAACUCAAUCAAUUCACCAUCAUUGAAAAUGUGGUCCACGAAUAUUUCAAAACUACAAGUUUUAUGGUUGGUCUAUCUCAAUUAACGUUUAUGGUAGCAUUAGUAGUAUUUAUAGCACCAGUUGUUCGAAUUGUGGAGAAACAUGACCUAAGGAUAGCCGGGUUGCUAUGUUCUGGGUUUACUCUUUUAGGAGCAGUCAUAAAACUCUUGGCAACUGGACCAAACGAAAGAGAUUUCAAAAUCAUUCUAGUGGGCCAAACCAUAUGCGGAUUUGCGCAGGUGUUCACUAUAAUGCUUCCGGCUAAAGUUGUAGCCGUUUGGUUUCCUGCGGAAGAACAGAACAGGGCGUGCGCAGCAGCUCUGUUUGGAGGAGAAAUUGGAAUGUUGUUGGGCGCUGUAUUCCCGAUAUUGUUCGUCGAAGACAAAAAGAAUGAUGCCGAAAUACAACAAGGAAUUUACCAGAUGCUACUAUACAAUGCAAUCUUUUGUGGUAUCGCAUUUAUAGCAGUUGUUAUAUUUUUCAAAGCCAAACCUCCAACUCCACCCAGUGCUCAGCAAGCCCAAGUGGGAGACCACAAGACACACUAUUAUACGGCUUUUUUCGAACUUUCUGUCAACAGGGAUUUUUUAACGCUUAUAGUUCUAUAUGGAAUAGCCUGCGGCUUGUGGACUGUUUUCGGGAUCAUCGAAAACAUCGUCUAUUUGAACUAUUUUCCCGACUCUCUGCUUGAUUUGACCUACAUCACUGCGAUCACCUCAAUUUCUGGUGGAAUGAUUGGAAAUUAUUUAUUUGGAUAUAUACUGGACAAAACCCUGAAAUAUAAGCUUUUCACAUUCAUGAUCUUCCUCUGUAUGGCUGUGAGCUAUGCAGCUAUGGCCAUCUGCUUUGAAAUGAGAUGGCAUGGGGCUUCCUUCGUGACCAUGAUAUUGUUUGGAUUUUUCUGCUCGUCUUGUGUAAGCAUCAGUUUCCAGUACCUGGCAGAAGUGACUUUCCCAGUGUCGGAGGUAGUUCCUAUAGCUGUCCUUCAAGUCAUUCUCUGUACAGCAACGAUUUUCUACCAAAUAAUAUACAGCGUUUUACUGGACCAUAAAUUGUUCAAAGUGAUACAUGCGAUGUCAUUUGCAUCAUUCUGUGGAAUAACUGCUGGGACGUAUUUCUUGACUUCCAAUUUGAAAAGAAUGUUAGUCAAGCAACCACGUAGCGAAUAGGGAAGAAGACAUAUAAUAGGUAGACAAGUGUCAUUGGUUGCUAAUUUCUAUUUAUGUUUAACUGCUUAUUACGAAUGAAUUGAUUUUAAAAGAGGUAGCUGACCAUGAUUGUAUUCAUUGCCUGAUUGAAUAUACUAACCUGAAUAUUCAUAUUCGACAAAUGAAUUGAAAUUUGCACAUAGUUCGUUCGUAUGAAAUAUGUUCCGAAAUUUUUAAUCGAAUGAUGCGAAAGUUUGUACUUGUAUAUAGUUUGUUUUGUCUAUACACAAUGAAUGUUGUACGUUUUAUAAACAUCCAAGUUUUUAUAAAACUGUUCCCCUAAAAGUUCAAUGAUGAAUAUUUUCUGUAUAUUCUGUAUUGAAUUGAAUUUUUUAUCUUACAAUCGUGUAGGAAGUAUAGGUAUAAUAAUUGAUGUGAUAUUUUUAAUAAACUUGAUGAUAUACGCCUACUGUUCAUAGCAUAAA